AUGGCUAUUCAACUAGAUCCUAAUUAUUCCAUGGCCUAUAAUAAUAAAGGUUUAUCUUUGAUUUUAUUUAAAUAAGUUCUUCAUUAGAUCAUAAAUGAUUAAAUUAUUAGCUAAAAAAUCUCGGUAAAUAUGAUGAAGCUCUAAUAAGUUAUAACAAGUCAAUAGCAGUUGACUCAACAAAUACUUAAGCUUAUAAAAUAAAGGUAAUUUUAAUAAUAUUAAAAGGUGA